CCAACAUAAAAUUCGCUCCACGCUGUCAUUCUCUCAGGGGCCUGUGCAUAAACUCUGAAAGCGUGAUGCAGGGCAUCUCCAAGGAUUGGGACGGACUACAACAGCCCUUCAUGGGCGCUCCUGGUAGCUGAAGACACGGCAUGAUGCGAGAACAGACGGUCGCUGCGCUCGCCGCUUUCUCGCUCUCGCUAGCGGUGCCGCUCAUCGUCAUCCCACCGCUUUCGAGGUCGAUUGUCUGGGCGUACGUCCCACAGGGCCUCAAGGAUGUUAGCAUUUCUUACCUGCUGUUCGAUGAUCGCCUGCCGGGUCUGCUUCCAGCGGUCGGCAUGCUGGCCAUCGCCGCUUGGGUGACGGUUGCCGGUAUCAAGCUGACGAUGAGCACCUUCAAGGAGCGAGGAUUCGUCGGAAAGGACCUGCUGAAACCCCAAGCAAUCGAUGCAAUACCUGAAAUGAUGGGGCUUCCUUCUGCAUGUCUCUAUAUCCUCUUGCUCUUUCUUUUCAUACCAUGCCGCUACUUUGUACAGCCAUACGAAGACUACUCGUCCAAACGACUGGGAGGUGCGACUUCGCGAGCUGAGGCGCUAGUUCGUGCGAUGGGACUUCGCCUGGCACACGGCAAGGAGGACAUGCAAGCAUUAAUGCUGGACAAGGCUGGAUUUACCGAGGGGAUUGCGGCCAUAACACGAAUGGAUGCUGACGGUGGUUGGAACGGCUUGAUGAGUGGCCGAGGUGAUUUUCCUCACCACGAGCUGGCCACCUUUCUGUCUGCAUUGCUGUCCCUUCUUUCGGCGACAAUGCUUGGUUUUCUGGAUGACGUCUUCGACAUUCGAUGGCGCUACAAGAUUCCGAUCCCGAUCAUCUCCUCCACACCUCUGCUCGUCGUCUACUUUGCCGGGGGAGGCGGCACGCAUGUCGUCGUGCCCGCUAUGCUGCGGCCGCUGCUCCCCGAUAACCUCGCACUGAUCGACUUGGGCGUACUGUACUACGUGUACAUAUCGUGCCUCUCGACUUUUUGUACGAACAGCAUCAACAUUCUCGCCGGCAUCAACGGCGUCGAAGUCGGGCAGGCGCUGAUCAUCGCGCUGAGCCUGUGCGCAAACGACUUGCUUUACCUGGACACGAGAGCCGGCGAAGGAGGGUCAAGGUCGAGCAUUGAGCUUGUCCAAAGGCACCUCUUCAGCCUGUACCUGCUGCUUCCGUUUAUUGGCACCUGCCUGGGCCUGCUCUACUGGAACCGCCACCCAUCGCGUGUAUUUGUCGGCGACACGUUCUGCUACUUUGCGGGGCAGGUUCUCUCCGUCGUCGGCAUCUUGGGCCAUUUCAGCAAGACGCUUCUGCUCUUCUUUGUGCCGCAGGUGGUCAAUUUCCUGCUGUCGUGCCCGCAGCUCUUCGGCCUCGUGCCAUGUCCGCGGCACCGCCUACCGCGCAUCGACAGCGACACGAUGUGCCUCUACCCGUCGAGCGCAGCGUGGCCGCAGGGUCAGCAUGCCGGUGUGGUCGCGACGCUGAUCCUGCGCGUGUUCGAGGCGCUCAGUCUGGUGCGCCUCAAGCGUGACGGCGGUGGAUAUGGCGGAGACGGCAACGCGUCGGGCAAGAUCAUAGGUACUACCAACCUGACGAUCCUCAAUGCCCUUCUGGUCCUGCGUGGGGUGCGAGGACCAAUGGACGAGUCGGGCCAAAUGAGCCUGGGCAAGCAGGUACGCACGUCUUCCUCGUCCAAGACGCCUGCGCAGGUUUCUUUCACCUCCGUCACACUGCCUACGUUCGAGGACGCAUCGGGAGAUGGUAAAGAUGGCUCCAAGCAUGAAGUUCAGGCAAUGCCCGCAGAUGGGCAGCGAGAGGCGCGCGUCAGCGGGCCGAUCGUAGAUGAAAAGGGACUCUGGUGGCAUGUCAUGGCCGUACAGACGCUCGGCAGCGUGUUCGCCUUUGCCGUCCGGUAUCACAUUGCAGCAAUUGUAUUCCCACAGCGAUAGAGCAAAAUAUGAGAGCAUAGCG